UAAUUAUGCACAAUUACAACGUCGAUCAUAAAUAUAAGUUCUAGACCCGAAUUGGAAAUUGGUUUGAAGAAUGGGAGUUGGAUGAAACCAAGUGAUCAUUUGUGCAUAAAUUAUAUAGGAAGAAGGACUACUUGAAAAAUAGAUAAAAUGGAUAACUGGCAAGCAUAGUGAAAGACACAAAGACACAUUUCAGUUUGAGAUUGGCAUCUCUCACAUUUCCCCAAGACGAUUACAUCCAUUUUGGAUUCCAUUUGAUGCUCUAGAAUCUGAAGACUUAGGGGUAUCUCUCAAUAGACAUUCAAGAGAAAUUGAAAAUAUAGGAAGAAGCAUACAAUAUUACAACUGCAUAAACUACACAACCUACAGUAAGAUCAGUGUUCGUGAUACUCCCCUAUACUAAAGAACCAAAUUACUAUGGAGAUGAUGUAUUACAUUACGGAUAGCAUUUCAGAAUUGUGGCAAAUCCCAGGAUAUCUAAUAAUAAAACAUUCUAUCUUCAUUCACUUCCCCAAACACCAACCAGAUGUGCUAAGAUAUCUAGAAAACAGGAGGUUUGUGCAAUUGAGAGUGAUGUAUUCAAUACAGUUUGGAAAUUUGAACAUGCUGAUCCCAAAAUAAGAUUUGAAAUGGAAGGACAACCAAUCAGAUCAGAUGAUACCGUGUUGAUUAAGCAUUCCUUCACUUAACAUUGGUUAGCCAGCGAUGAUAUAGUGUAUCAAAAUGAUUUUGGAAGAGAAAGUGAAGUCUUCGUGCAUUCUUAUCAAUGUUUGAACAAAACAUAAAAUUUGAUAGCUGAGAAGGAAGGGAGAACCACUAUUGAUAUUCCAUUAAGAAAUCAAGAGUAAUAGAAUAGUUAAUUUUUAAUAGGCCAUAAAACUUAUGGAGGUUUUAGGUGGCCAGAAAAUAAAACGAGUAAUUUGAUGAGUCUGUGAUGGAUGACAAUAGGAAUGUGAAGAAUUUGAUGAUAAGAGUGAAAUAGCAAAUCACUGGGAAAGGUGCUUAUGGAUUGAGAGGAUUGGCUAAAAUAUUUAUGGAGAUGGAUGAAAACAAAAGUUAGAUUAUAUAAAAUAUAAGUUUAGAUGGUGUAGUUGAGUAUAACGAUUUCAAGUGGGGAUUGAGGAAUUUUGGGUUGACUCUAUCAGAAGAUGAGACCAAAAUGAUCUUCUAAACAUUUGAUAAAAAUGGCAAUGGCAGAAUUGAAUUCAAUGAAUUUUUGGAUGCCUUCAGAGUAUUUCUAGAAUCUAAUUAGUUAUAAAUGAGCGAUAAAAGACUGUACUAUGUGUAAAGAGCCUAUGCAUCUAUUGAGUAAAGGGCAGGGAAGGUCACUCUCGAGACAAUGGGUAGAUUGAUCAACGCAAAGGAACACCCAGACGUAUUGAAAGGAUAUAAAACUGAAAGGCAAGUGUUUUAGGACUUCGUAUCUCAUUGGAACAAGAGUAAUCCUGACAGAGUGAUAUCGUUUUAAGAGUUUGGAGAGUUUUAUUAAGUAUGACUUCUUGUGUCUAUUGAUUAGGAUGUUUCAUCUUCUGUGUAGCAGGAUGAGACUUUUGAGGCUAUUUUAAAGAAAUCAUGGAAUUUAUGAUAAUUAUUAAUAAAAC